UCUGCGCACGCGCAGAACGGAACUUCACCUGCUGCCCGACUGUUCUGCGCAUGCUCGCUCUGUGCUCUGCGGUAAUGCCCCCCCGAUGGACCCCCCGGCCCUGCCCCAACCCCGCUGCUGGAGCCAGGAAGUCCCCGCCCGCAUGCCCUGGGCGGGGCGGGCCCCAGUGGUGGUGAGCUUCUCCGCCGCGGCACUGCCCCGCCGACCCACGCCCCGCCCUGCUGCCCUGGCCUGCAAGCGGCGCCUCGAGAAGCAGGAGCCGGAGCCAACCCGGAAGCACUUCCUGUCGGAGGACAAGAUGGCCGCUCGCUUCAACACCCUCAGCCUGGACCACGACCACGCCUACGGCAGCAACGGCUUCCCGUCCCGCUGGCCCCGCCCCCUGCCGCGUGGGCCCCAGGAUGCCACCCUGGAGGAGGAAGAGGAGACUGUGAUCCUAGACGGGGAGUUCCCCAUGGCCCUGACCACAGAGGCGGUGCUAUGGAGCCCCCCCAGCAGCCAGGACCCCCGCGGCAUCUGGGCCCUGCUCCAGGCCGGGGCUUUGACCCCCAAAGCUACAGCGCUGUGAGCUUCCUCCAGACAGUGCUGUGGAGGUGGGGGGGUAUGUACAGCAUCGGGCAUGGCAUGGGGGAAAUUAUGUUAGCCAAUCGGAGGCCUUGGGGGUGGGGGGUGGGGAGGAGAAAUGGGCGCAAAUUGGGAAUAAAGAUGGUUUUAAUUGAAUUGAGGGAAA